AUGUUUAUGGAAAUUCCGCCAGGCGCGGACCUCUCUCAGAUCGCCUUCAUCGCAAAUCCCGAUGGCUCCCCUCCGAAUUUUGUCGACCCUCCGUCGCUCAAGGCGGUUACAUGCGCGGUGAUCAUCAUAUUGAUGGUUAUAUCGUUCUUAAUGGUGCUGUUUAGAAUCCGAAUGAACUUGAAAGGGCAAGAGAAGUUCACAUAUGACGAUUACUUUUGUAUUGUCGCAUGGAUCCUCGCGACGGUUUACGGUGCCAUUGUCAUAUCAGCAACUCCUACUGCCCGACAUGCCUGGGACGUUCCCCUCGGCGCCAUAGAUGCGUCGUGGGUUAAACGCAGCGCGGUUCUCGGGACUAUCUACGGGCCGGCUAUGUGGUUCGCCAAAACUGCCAUCUUGACGAUGUAUCUGCGCGCGUUCGGCAUUGUUAGAUGGAUGUGGUGGUGCUGCCACACUGGAAUCGCGUUCCUCUUCUGUGCCUAUUGGAGUCUCGUUCCCGUCUCGGUCACGUACAACUUCCCCCUCAGGGCCCAUCAACAUUGGGACCUUGCUCUGUCGUUAAGCAGCACUCCAGCCCAGCUUCCCUUCGUUAUUAUGGGCCUCAUAAGUGUGGUAUCCGACUUGUAUAUCCUGAUCUUGCCUUUUCCGAUAUUGCUCAAACUACAUGUUUCGAGGAGGAGGAAAAUCGGGUUGUGCUUGGUUUUCGCAACUGCGGCCAUUGGGAUCGUGAGUAGCUGUCUCGUUUUGUAUUUCCGCGUAGUGCUUUGGAAGAACAUGACACAAGACGCGACCUGGUAUGUCGCGUCUUCCUACUUGACCGUUGCUGUCGAAAUAAAUGUUGCGGUCAUCAUAAGCUGCGUGCCAGCUGCUGCGGCAUCGUGGAAGCUCUUCUCCCAAGAAUCCAGACCUUUCUUGAGCCUACGGUCGGCUUUCAAGAGUUCAAGAAACCUGAUACAUGUCGCCUCUGGGUCGAACUUAACUGCAGGAAAGAUGCCAAAGCCAUACUCGGGUAUCAAGUUAGCGUCUCUUGAAUCAGUUGGGGCUCGCUCGUAG